AUGAGCAUGCAGCAGAUUGAAUCCAAUGAAUUGCAGCUGGCAACUGAAGCAACAAAUCACAAACAGAGUAAUAGCCUACCAUCAACAAGGGGCUUGCUUUGUCUCCACAUUAUCCUGCUGCUGAACAGUUGGAGGCACUGCACACAAGAUUGUGCUAAUGGACAAGUGAAGAAUCAAGUAAUUCGAAUGAUUGAGUCGGCCAGGCGGAGGAGAUAA